GUUGUAUGUUUUCAUUCCUCACUUGAUACCCGUUCGGCAAACAACUAAAAAUUUAUUUAAAAUUUUCCCUUUUUAAAAUUUUGGACCCCAAUAUGUCGCACAGACCUUUAGGACCCGGACCCGGCGCUUACAUGCUGCCCAGCUGCUUCGGCUAUGCGAAGUGCGACUCCAGGACGCCGCGUAGCCCUCAGUAUUCAUUUGGUAGCCGAUCCCGUUCUUGUAAUCGUCCUAAUCGUGCUAGUGUGGGACCUGGCCCGGCGGCCUAUCACCUGGGCUCGGUAACGCGAUAUGGAAAGGCCAACAAUCUGGAGUAUGCGUAUAUCCAUAGGCGUGGUCUCGACAACAACAACAAACCAAAAAGUGUUCGCUAGGUAGAGUCUCAAAAAUAUACGAAUAUAUAUGGGUUAA